CACGCGAGGAGGAGACAGCUGCUACAGCUGCUGUUGUUGCACGCGAGGAGGAGACAGCUGCUACAGCUGCUGUUGUUGCACGCGAGGAGGAGGAGAGGUACCGCGAGGCCCUCGCCUGUGGCCACCACUGAGCGAGCAAUGGCGGCGGCGCUGCUCGUGAGGGGCGCGGGAGCGGUUCGAGCCUGCGGCUCCAGACUCGUGUCGCGGCGGGGCAUGGCCUCCAAGACGCCCGUGGGAUUCGUCGGUCUGGGCAACAUGGGCAACCCCAUGGCCAAGAACCUCAUCAAGCACGGCUACCCGGUCAUUGCCUGCGACGUCUUUCCGGAUGCCUGCAAGGACCUGCAGGACAGUGGCGCGCAGAUCGUGGAGUCUCCUGCAGAGGUGGCGGAACGCGCCGAUCGCAUCAUCACGAUGCUCCCGUCCAGCCCCAAUGUGACCGAGGCCUACACGGGGCCCAGCGGCAUCCUCAAGAGUGUGCGGAAGGGCUCGCUGCUUGUCGACUCAAGCACCAUCGACACGCUCGUCUCUAAGGAGACGGCGCUUGCCGCAGAGCGCGCCGGCGCCGUCUUCAUGGACGCGCCGGUCUCUGGGGGAGUGGGGGCGGCAAGGGCUGGGAACCUCACCUUCAUGGUGGGCGGUCCUGAGGCCGAAUUCAACGCCGCCAAGGAGCUGCUGAGCUGCAUGGGGGCCAACGUGGUGCACUGUGGGGGAGUGGGCACGGGGCAGGCAGCCAAGAUCUGUAACAACAUGCUGCUGGCGAUCAGCAUGAUCGGGACGUCUGAAGCUAUGAACCUCGGAAUAAGGCUGGGCUUGGACCCCAAGCUUCUGGCGCGGAUCCUCAACAUGAGCUCGGGGCGCUGCUGGUCGAGCGAGGCAUACAACCCGGUGCCCGGCGUCAUGGAGGGCGUCCCUGCCGCCAACAAUUACCAGGGCGGCUUCGGCACCAGCCUAAUGGCCAAGGACCUCAGCCUGGCCCAGAACGCGGCGACCAACACAAAGACGCCGGUGCCGCUGGGCUCGCUGGCGCACCAGCUCUACCGCGUGAUGUGUGCGCGCGGAUACGCCGCCAAAGACUUCUCCUCGGUCUUCCAGUUCCUGCGGGAAGAGGAGGCCAAGUGAGGCGCCCUCUCCCCCCACACCCCCAACCGGCGGGGAAACGUCCGUCCGGGACGGGCAGGGGAGGGGGAGGCGCAGAUUGUCCCCCGUCGUGCUGUGAACAGCAACGCUCGAUGAAAUGGCGUCGCACUGAACGAUGAGUCGGUGACCUUGUCAAUGCAACGGUGUCCCCGGGGUGUCGCGUGGCACGUAGCAAGCACGUGACAAGACCUACACACUACACAUUCGCAUGCACAUGCGUAUACUCUCGCGUACACUCGCACGUAUACACACUCGCACGUAUACACACUCGCACGUAUACACACUCGCACGUACACUCACAAGUAUACUCACACAUACACUCCCACGUAUACACACACUCCCACAUACAUAGACAUAUACACUGGCAUGUAUAAACUCGUACAAAUACACUCAUACAUGUACACACACACGUACACACACACGUAUACACAGGAAUACACUCACACCCACUCGCACAUACUCCGGUAUACUCGCACACCAGUACACUCACAAACACAUUUCGGUACUCUCAAACACUUGGGUACACUCACAUCGGUAUACUCACAUGCACUCUGAUACACUCACUCGCACACUGAUACACUCACACACACACCGGUACACUCACUCACACAGGUACACUCACACACACUCUGAUACACUCACACACACACA